AGGCGCGUCAGCCGAGCUCGGCGGCGGCGCGGGCGGUGGGGACGCAGCUGCCCCCGCUCUGCGCCCGCCGCACCCCCAGCGGCCACCGCCACCUGGGCCCAGCGCGGCCACUGCCUCACCCGGCCGCUGCGGGCAGGGGCGACUCCCGAUCGAUCUUCUGAAAUUUAACUUUUCAAGAUGAAGUUUUUAUUGGCGAUUGCCUUUUUUAUUUUAAUUUCCUUGUGGGUUGAAGAAGCCUAUGCUAAAGAGAAAUCUUCAAAGAAAGGAAAGGGGAAAAAGAAGCAGUAUCUAUGCCCAUCUCAACAGUCAGCAGAGGAUCUGGCUCGAGUACCUGCCAACUCCACUAGCAAUAUCUUGAACAGGCUAUUGGUCAGUUAUGAUCCCAGGAUAAGACCAAAUUUCAAAGGCAUUCCUGUUGAUGUAGUAGUCAACAUUUUUAUUAACAGUUUUGGAUCAAUUCAAGAGACAACAAUGGACUAUAGAGUUAACAUCUUCCUGAGACAAAAAUGGAAUGAUCCCAGGCUGAAGCUGCCUAGUGAUUUUAGGGGCUCAGAUGCCCUGACAGUGGAUCCCACGAUGUAUAAGUGUUUGUGGAAACCUGACUUAUUUUUUGCAAAUGAAAAAAGUGCCAAUUUUCAUGAUGUAACCCAGGAAAAUAUCCUCCUCUUUAUUUUUCGGGAUGGAGAUGUUCUUGUUAGCAUGAGGUUAUCUAUUACUCUUUCAUGCCCUUUGGACUUGACUUUGUUUCCCAUGGAUACACAACGUUGCAAGAUGCAACUUGAGAGCUUUGGUUAUACAACUGAUGAUUUACGAUUCAUCUGGCAGUCAGGGGAUCCUGUUCAGUUAGAAAAAAUUGCCUUGCCUCAAUUUGAUAUUAAAAAGGAGGAUAUUGAAUAUGGCAACUGUACGAAAUACUAUAAAGGCACUGGCUACUACACCUGUGUGGAAGUCAUCUUCACCCUGAGGAGACAGGUCGGGUUUUACAUGAUGGGCGUCUAUGCCCCGACCCUGCUCAUUGUCGUUCUGUCCUGGCUUUCCUUCUGGAUCAACCCGGAUGCCAGCGCUGCCAGAGUGCCCCUGGGUAUCUUCUCAGUCCUCAGCUUGGCCUCUGAGUGCACGACCCUUGCUGCUGAGCUCCCCAAAGUGUCCUACGUGAAGGCUCUCGAUGUUUGGCUCAUUGCUUGCCUUCUCUUCGGGUUUGCCUCACUGGUGGAGUAUGCCGUCGUCCAGGUGAUGUUGAACAACCCCAAAAGGGUGGAAGCAGAAAAAGCCAGAAUUGCUAAGGCUGAGCAAGCAGAUGGGAAAGGUGGAAGCGUGGCUAAAAAGAAUACUGUGAACGGUACAGGGACUCCUGUUCAUAUUAGCACUUUGCAGGUUGGUGAAACUAGAUGCAAAAAGGUUUGUACUUCUAAGUCUGAUCUGAGAUCGAAUGACUUCAGCAUUGUUGGAAGCUUACCAAGAGAUUUUGAAUUAUCCAAUUAUGACUGCUAUGGAAAACCCAUUGAAGUCAACAAUGGACUUGGGAAAUCUCAGGCAAAGAACAACAAGAAGCCUCCCCCUGCCAAACCCGUUAUUCCAACAGCAGCAAAGAGAAUUGAUCUUUAUGCAAGAGCAUUGUUUCCUUUCUGCUUCUUGUUCUUCAAUGUUAUAUAUUGGUCUAUAUAUUUAUGAUAAAUUUUUUCCAUUUGUAUAAAAUAAAAUUCCAUUUCAUUGUGACCAAACCCACUUACAAAUGCCAAUCUGUGAAAAUCUUUGCAUUUUCAUAGCAAUAUAUUGCAUUUUGGAUGCCAUUGGUUUGAAAAAAAAAUGUGACACCUUUAUUUUGAAUGGCAGCAUGAUUAUAUAAUGUCUGUGCUCUAACAAUGAUGUAUAUAUGUAUAAUGAACAUAUUGCUUUAGGAAUAAAUGAAAGAUAAAUAUACUACAUAAUAUAAAUGCAAACAGCUCUCUUCAGUUAAUAUAAACUGCAAAUAUUUCAGAUAAUUCUGAUAAUAAAAUGAUAUGCACGCUGAAUCCUGUUAUGGGCAACAUUCUAAUAUAUGUAGUAUUUCAAAUUUCCUUCCUUGUAACUUUCAAAGAAAGACAUCUUAUUCUUGUAUAAUUUUAGAAGGUAUUAUCACAGAUUAUGCAAAAUUGUAUUACAUAUUGUUUAAACUUUGUAAGUAGAAAUAUAUCCAUUACAAUUCUUCAGGCUCUAUGGAAAAACAAAGUUCAAAAAUUAUGAAUUUGUAAAAUCAACUCAUUUUAAAGUGUACUUGUGUUGUCAAAAUGUCAGAUAAUGAUUCACAGUAAGUGUUUUUGAAACAAAGGGAAACCUGGACUUAUGUAAAAGCGUACUGAAUUCUGCCUUCUGAUAAAAUAAAAAAUAAAUAAAGGAUAGAUGCAUUGAUUAAAUAUUUAGGAUAAAAGAAAUUCUACUUAAUCCACCUUAAAACCUAAAUAUAUUUCCAUGGAUUUCAUUUGUUGAUACAGAGUACACAAAAACAUUGUGCCUUAAAUACAGUCAUACAUAUUUUAAAUUGGAAUGCAGUACUAGACAUGUGAUUUUACCUCAUUUUUAAGAAGCCAAAAAUAAAUAUUCUAUUACCAGAAGUAGCUUGGGUUCAAAAUAAACCCAUAAUCAUUAAAAGAUUUUUAACUUCUUUAUUUUAUUAAAAUGCUUACAUAUUUUUGCUUAAAUUAAAAAUGUUUUCUGA